AUGUCUGCUAAAGAGAGACUAAAAGGGAAGGUGACCAAAGACAGCGUCACCUUGCUGCCUUGUUUCUAUUUCGUUGAGCUCCCGAUCAUGGCUUCCUCUGUGGUCAGCCUGUAUUUCCUGGAGCUGACCGACGUGUUCAAACCGGUGCGGUUGGGCUACAGCUGCAAUGACCGCAGUCUGAGCAUGCCCUACAUCAAGCCCGCUGAGGAAGUCAUCCCUUUCCUCAUGCUCUUCAGCCUGGCCUUCGCUGGACCUACAGCUACGAUAAUGAUAGGAGAAGGUAUCCUGUAUUGCUGUCUGUCUAGGAGAAAGACUGGGGUCAAAACAGAGGCCAAUAUCAAUGCCGCCGGCUGCAAUUUCAACUCGUACAUACGGCGUGCUGUUCGGUUUGUUGGGGUCCAUGUAUUUGGACUGUGCCUCACGGCUCUCAUCACUGAUAUCAUCCAGCUGUCGACGGGCUACCACGCCCCAUAUUUCCUGACAGUGUGUAAACCCAAUUACACCACGCUCAACUUGACCUGUGACGACAGCUCCUUCAUCACAGAGGACUUCUGUUCUGGAGGAGCAGACCCAGCCAUCGUCAACGCUGGCAGGAAGUCCUUUCCCUCGCAGCAUGCCACUCUGGCCGCCUUCGCUGCUGUCUACGUCUCUAUGUACUUCAACGCUACGCUGACGGACUCUUCCAAGCUGCUGAAGCCCCUGCUGGUCUUCACCUUCAUUAUGGGUGGCAUCAUCUGUGGCCUGACCCGCAUCAUCCAGUUCAAGAACCACGCCAUCGACGUCUACUGUGGCUUCCUCAUCGGAGGCGGGAUCGCAGUCUACCUGGGUCUGUAUGCAGUGGGUAACUUCCAGCCUACUCGGGACACGUCCAGACAGCAGCCCCAGCCUCCCCCGCUCCGCGAGCCCCCCAGGAGCAACACCGUGCCCAACGUCAGCCAGAGCACAGGGUGCCACCUGCAGCCCAACAGCCUCAACAGCAUGAACAGCCUGAACAGCAUCAGCACCACCGAUAGCCUCACCGCCGCCCGUCCCGCAACCCUCCUGACCCGGGUCCCCUCCUGCCGCGAGUCCAGCUCCCUGAACAACCUGAAGAGGGCCAGUGCUGAUGUGGAGUGCAUCACCUCGUCAAGCACGCUGUGUAAACAGGACAGCCUGGUGACCUUUAACAGUAGCACGUUACCCAGGUCGCACGGCGGCUCGCUCCCCGAAGAGCACCGGGUCCCGCGCCGCCACGCGAGCAUCCACGCCUCCAUGGACUCCACGCGCUCCAAGCAGCUGCUGUCGCAGUGGAAGAGCAAGAACGAGAACCGCAAGUUCUCACUGCAGGUGAUGGACAGUGGGGUGGUGGUGGGACGCCACCAUUCAACAUCCUCCUCCUCGCCCCAGAGGACCAUGGAGCUGAGGUGCAGGUCUGAGCCGUCCGCCAUGGGCCUGGAGGCGGAGCUCCGUGCUCAGGGCCACAUCCCCGCCCAGUACAUGAAGCUGGCAGCUAGCAUCGUGCCGCUGUCCAACCACCUCCCCCACAAUGGGGGCAGCAGCGGCCUGGCCGCGGGGGCCCGCGUCUCCAUCCAGUCCCGGCCAGGCUCCUCCCAGCUGGUCCACAUCCCUGAGGAGACCCAGGAGCACAACAGCAGCACCUCCACCAGGGAUGAUGAGGAUGACGAGGACAGAGAGGAUAGCUAUGUCGGCGGUGGGAUCCCUGGCGGGGGAGGCUCGGCGCGCUCCAAGUGGCUGAAAGUGGCCAAAGAGGGCGCCCUGUGCAGGACUAACAGCCUAACUAACCAGCCGCGCAUCAUGCAGGUCAUCACCGUGUCCAAGCAGCAGGGUCUGCUCCAGCACGGCAGCCCCAAGAGCUCUGAGGAUGGUAGCGUGGUCAGCUGCACAGGCUCCAUCCAUUACAAGGCCCUGACGGACCAGGAGCCCGGCCAGGGCAUCGUAAGGGUGGAGGCCCACCCGGAAAACAAGCCUGUGAUCAAGCCUCCGGACGGCAGUGGCUCCUGGAGGUGGAAGCCGCAGGAGCAACGGGGUAGCAUCCGCCAGUCCUUUGAGCUCAACGACCUCAACCGCGACUCGGAGAGCUGCGACUCGCUCAAGGACGGCUACGGCUCCAUCGACGGGAGGAUGAGUCAGACGGGUACGGACACUGGCAGCGAGCGUGGCGGUGGGGGAGGGGGUCACCCCUACGUGCACCACCCACACUACCACCACCACCACCCCCACCAGGGCAUCACCACCAUCCGUGUGACCCCUGUGGAGGGACUAAGUGGAGGGGGCAGCGAGGCCGCAUCCGAGACCCUUUCCAUCGCCUCCAGUCGGGAGUCCACCCUGCGGAGGAAGGGCAAAAUCAUCCUGCUCCCGGAUAGAGGUCCAAGUCCGGACAACUCCAGGAACUAUUUCAAAGGGGCCUCCCCCACACCGCCCCCCACCCUGGGUCUGGCGUAUAGGGAGUGAACAGCUGCACAGUCAGCACUUAUUCUUACCAUUCCCCCUUACUGCCCAUGUGGUGGUCCUAUCUGUCCCCCCCCCCCCCAUGAGUGGCCUUCUACACUGGAUCUAGUCUGGACCCCACAACAAGACCAAUGAGGACAUUCAGCUCAUAAACGGCUGUAUAUUAUCAAACCCGUCAUGGAUUCAGUGGAGUUAGCUGGGCUGGAUAAAUUGUCCAAUGGUCAUAUAGUUCAUUAGAGCUAUCUUAGUGUGUCUGGUCCAGGAAGGCCACUGUACAGUACAUAGGGGUUUCUCCAUUACUCAAUAAUCUGAUCAUUCUUCAUUUUUCGCAGUUGUUUUACUGUUAGACCUGGUUUGAGAGGACCGGGGCUACCUUUACUGUUGUGUGUUCUUUGAGAAAAUGAAACUAUAGCACGCACAAUACUCCUUUAAGAAUACAGGAGACGCUGGAUAAUCACCACAAGGUCAUUUUGCGCACACUUUUCAACCCUCCUUUCAUUACAUUAACUUUGAUCCAUUUGAGAAGCACAACUUCUAACUCUUUUUAUAUAGUGGCUAUAGUGAUUUGAACUAGCAAUUUGAUACUAUUUUGUUAUCACCCGGCAAGAGCCUUCGAUGGCAAUAAACCGUGCAAGUUGUUUAUUAAGGGUGCGUUCGUAAAUUCUCUCCGGAGUGCCAGUUCGUAAAUUCAGAGCGUUGUCAGAUUGUCUGUUUGUACAUUCAGAGCGUUUCACUCUCGGAGCGUUCAGGGCACACACUGGACGCUCUGGCCGAGGAGUAGGGUUGAACCGAGCGUUCUGCUCUCACAACGGCAGGCAAUCACCCAAGCUAACUGGCUAAAGUUAGCUAGCUUGCUAGCUACUUCCAGACAUAAAUGAGAGAACAGCUCACUCUGACCAUUUUACUCACCCUAGCAGAGCUGGUUAGGCUGUUUAUGUUAUCCAGAGCAUUGGUGACUGUAACUGUGCUGCUGGCAACAAUUUACUAAUGUUUGUUUUUGCCUAUGUUUACUGAUACUGGCCAUAUUCAACAGCUGUUGAGCGUUCGUACAUUCAUCAGUUAUUCUGCUCUCUGGCACAUUCAGACGAGAGUGCUCUGAAAUCUGAGUAGAUAGCCAGAGUGAAUUUUAUGAACGCACCCAAAGUUGAUAGACAUGAUGUUUUGUAGGCUUUUUCCAUUGACGAUCUGUUCUCUUUCUCAGCAUAUUAAUAUCCCUGUGUAAUGUGACUGUCAUAGUGUGUUGCACUGCAUAGCAACUGUAUAGUAAAUGCAUAGCAACUCUAGAGGUGUUUUUCAUAAUACAACUUUCAUACAUAUAGUACUCUGACAAUUGUGAAAAUAAAUGUUUCUAUUUUUUUGCUAUGUACUGUACAUAUUUAUAGUACUCUGAUUGUGCUGCCAACAAUAUUCACAUGUCCUCAUUUGCUUUUUGCUAAUUAUUGAUAGUCUAUUUUACCAGAGAUAUGUUUAUUCAAAUUUUUGGAACUUUAGCAGGAUAUGCAUUGAUUUGGCAGGUGAUUUAUAAAAGAGCGAUGUUUUGAGAAAUCACCAAAUAUUAUCACUGGGGUUAGAAAUCCCAGUAACUCUCCCAAAAUCCCCAGGUUUUUCAGAAGAUGUGAGUGAAUUUCCUCCAGAUGCUGGGAUUCUUACAACCGGGAUUUCUGGAAAACAGUAUGUCAUGCUUUUUUUUCAGCUCACAGUGGUAUACAGUGGCAAAUACUGUAUAUUAAUAGACGAACAGGGGCAGUGGAUACAGUGUGUAAGAUAAUUGAUUAGUAGGGGCAGUGGGUUAACUAUGUAAGAUAAUUGCUUACUAGGAGCCUUAAUAAAAAAAAUGUUUUCUUAAAGAUGGGAAAUUCAAGAAGGACUUUGAGUCUUUGUGUCCUUUGUUGCCUUUAAAAUAAGUAUACUAAUAAGUAUUCGCUGUUUUGAUAAACAUUUUGAUAAAGUACCCUUUUUCCUAUCAGCUCAUAUAGCCAACUAAAAUCUAUAACUGCUGUACAUGUUGUG